AUGCAGGUCCCCGUAAAUGGAUGUCGCAGGCGAUUCGUCUCUGUACAAGGACAAAAUCAUAAUGGCACCUAUGGUGCGAGCAGGACGUACACCAUUGAGGUCUUUGUUUUAACUAUGUUUUAA